UAUAAUCCAAUACUCUCCUAUCUUUGUUGACUGGAAAACAAGCAGCAAAUAUGAAGGAUCUGGACGCAACACUAGGCUACAUGGAAAAUGCACGCUUCAACUACAUGUAUGGAAAUGAAGUGGCACGCGAGCACUCAUCAUUCACGAAGACGCAGUUGCUCUGCAUCGCCAUGAUCUAUCACAAGUUUGUGCUGCGAAAUGGACCGAAGGCCAAGUUUAUGACUCAAUUGCAGCUGAGCAACAUGAUCAUGGAUUUGUUUAAGGUGAAGGACUCCGAUAUUAACAGACGCAUUGUUCUUAUCGUGAGUCACGAUCCCGACUGUACAGAUCCGAAAUUCUUACCGAAUCGCCACUGUACUUUGGCCAGUUUUAUUCGAAUGAUUGGUGUCUACUUCACAAACGAUCUGGAGAAGCGUAUGCGAUUUGCGUUCAGUAUCUAUGAUGAACUCGGUUUUGGAUAUCUAAGUCGUCAGCAAAUGAUGCGAUACGUGAACAAAUUCUUCAUUUCCAAUGACGAGGAUGAGGUUUUCGAAUUGCGUUUAGAUAUGCUGGAACUUCUGUUCCGCAAAUUUGAUACGGAUAAGGACCUGAACAUCACUUUUGUCCAAUACUCCAAGAUUGUGCGCAAGCAACCAGCGAUGUUGGAAUUCCUUGGAAAUAUCUUUCCAUCACAAGCACAAUUAAAUUGUAUUGCGUUGUGCUUCAAUUUACUUCCCUGAAAAAUGAUUUAUUUUUUGUUACCGAGAAUGUUUCUUUUUAGCUUUGCCAAAAUUGCUUAAAUUAAUUGAAUUGAGAAUUUUGUACAUUUUUAUAAUA